AUGCUUGCCUUCAGGCUCCCGGCGGCAGCGGCGAGCAGAUCGCUCGUCGUCCACCUCGACAUUAACAAGACCAUCGCCAUGGUUGAUCAAGCCGGCGGCAAGUCGCAGCUCGAUGUCUGCUGCGAGCUGACGGCCGAGCAGGCAAUGGGAUUCUGCCCGCGUCCUCCUCCAACGCCGGUAUCACCCUCGGACCGGCAUGGCUCACCAACCUCGCCGCCGGUGUCAUGGACGCGGCUCCCGCUGCCGACGUCGGUCUUGGUGACAGGCGAUCGGGCAAGGGCGGCGCAGAUCAGCUCGUACAAGACCUUUGUCGAUACGGUGGCUCUGCCGUUGCCGCCGCCGCCGGUUGACGCCGACACGGUUGCGGCGAUCCGGGGCGAGCGCAAGGCGUUGACCUGCCACUACGGGCGGCCCACAAGCUCGACGUAUGAGCGUGAGGCGUGGGCACAGGCGCAGGAGCUUCGUGACGCGCUGAGUCGGAGCCGCGACCCGUUUGUGGUUGAUGCAGCCGUGGCUCUGCUCGACGCCGCGGUCACUGCCGUCGCCUCCGGCGGCCUCGCCUCGUUCGGCCUCGUCUUUCGCACCUUUGGCUCUGAGCUCGAUGCUGUCCGUGCAGCGUUAGCUCGCGCUGUCGACGCCGGAGUGGCUGCGGCCGAGGCUGCUGGCAAGCCCGUGAUGGCAGCCGUCUGGCGUGGCCUCCAUCCGGCGGCGGCGACUACCCGCGCCGCCGAACUUGUCCGAUCGGGCACCGACGCGGUGACAAUGGUCAUGGACGAUGGCCGGGUGGCGGCGCAGGACGUGUGCGGUGUCCGGCGGGAGCUCCUCUCCCAUCUUGUUGCGCCUGGAGCGGCGCGAGUCAUGUUUGUCCGCGACGAGUUUGCGGCGUGGUCACGCGCCGGCGAGGCUGCGCAUGCCGGCAAGCUCUUUGCACUGGACGGCGAGCGCGGGCAGGCGCCUGCUGAGAUCUUCUUUGACGACAAUCUGCGGCCGCGCGACGAGCGCAGCAUCGUCGACGUGCGCUUUGUCGACGACGAUGGCUGCGAGGGCGGCAAGGCCGCCGGCCACCACGCCUCGGCAGCCGACUACGCCCGGCUCGCUGCCGCAGGCCAUCUCGUCCAUGUCGACCCGGUGGCCGUCAUCCGUGAGCCGCGGUACUUUAUUGAUCGCGCAGAGCGGGUGCUGCAAUGA